CUCAAGCAUAUGUCGUAAUCGUUUUUAGAUAGCCUACUUUAAAAUCAUGUGAACCUUUAGAAAUGUUUUUUUCUUCUGAUACAGUACCACAAAAAAGAUUCCUUUCGUUUUCAUUUUUUUUUUUAUAACUCAAAUGUACUUUUAAAAAAAUGUAUUUUUUUAAACGAAAUAUUAAGACUCCAAACGACUCCUAUAAGCACGUAAGGAAACACGAAGCAACAGCAGGCGACCACGAGAGCCCGAGGAGAAGGAGAUCCACGCUGGACUCCGCAGAGAACUACGAUCCAGAGCCGAAUCACCGCUUUCCACAGGCGCUGCCCCACACCGAGUGCAUCUGCUCGGGGCCGCAGCACCCGGAGCUCAUCGUCGCCGAGACCCCCUUGGCUGAUGCGUCCUCCGACCACUUCUGUCACUACACGCCCAAGUGUUUCCUCGCUGUGCAAAGAGCUUUCACAGGAGCGCACGGCAUCUCUGCACGCUCCACGUCGUCGCGAUACGCUGAGGAUGGUUGGCGUGAAAGCACCUCCAAGACCACCAUCAGGGCUGAGAAUGAGGUGGAGGCACACAGGGAGGCCAACAAUUACAAGUUUGGCUUCCGAAAAUGGAAAGGGAGCGUCACAGAGAGGCCCAUUGAAGACCGAUCCGACGUGGUCAAGGAGCUCUACUCGGACCUGAGCAUCGUCAAGCCCCAAGAAGGCUCCUUGGUGACCUUUGGGAACAUUAUUUAUGUGAUUUUAUUCGGAUGGUGGAUGUCGUUGACUUAUGUCCUUAUUUGUUCCGUGAUGUUUCUGACGAUCAUCGGCGCACCAUAUGGAAAAUUGUGUUUAAAGUUGGCCUGGUACUUUAUUUGGCCAUUCGGGAAGUCCGUGGAGAAGGAUGCUGACUUGAUAAAAAGAUCCAUAAUGAAGCCCGCAAGGUGUGAGGUCAUUCCCGAAGAGGGGGACACCGAGGACGGAGACGACAUUGUCACGGAAAAGGACUCAAGGCCUCUUCUGAUGUCCUCCCCUUUACCCAUUGAGAUUCCUUUGCCACAACUACCAGUUAGGACUCGGCGUAAACAUUGGUGCCGGGUUAGUACCUACGUGUGGCUGCUCCUGGGCUAUCCCGUCCUGGCGGUGGUGCACGCCGUGGCCUGCGUCAUCUCUUGGUUGCUGGUGUUCACCAUCCCCGUCUCGAAGAUGAACGCCCGCACGCUAGCCAUCGUCCUAUUCAUGCCACCCGAGGAUGUGCACAUACACUCUCCGGAAAAGACUCUCCGGUGCGAGGCAAAAGUCAUCUUGUGCUGCUACCGUGCCAUCAACGUCUAUUACUACAAAUACACUGUACAGGGGAUCAACAUCUUUGCACUAAAUUUUCUCCCCUUGGUGAUUAUCGCAUUGAUUAUCGGCUACGCUGACUAUAACCACAAGUACUUCAGUUCAGAGACCAAGUUUGCCACAGCCAUCACUUCCAUCAUUCCGCUGUCCUACUACAUCGGCAUGGGCAUCGCCAGCAUUUCGGCUCAGAGCAACUUCGCCGUGGGCGCGGUCGUGAACGCCACAUUUGGCUCCAUCACCGAGAUGACCUUCUACAUCACGGCGCUCUUGCAGGGUCACCGCGCCGCCUCCAAGUGCUACGAGGAGGUCGUCAAGGCCGCCCUCACUGGCACACUGCUGGGCUGCAUCCUCUUUAUACCCGGAAUCUGCAUGAUUAUUGGCGGCAUUAAACACAGAGAGCAGCGAUUCAACAGCCGCUCAGCCGGUGUGAGCUCAUCUUUGCUCUUCAUAUCCAUUGGAGGCGUUUUUGCUCCCACUCUGUUCUCCAAAACGUUUGGCAGCCUGGUGUGCAAGAGCUGCUCCAACGUUCCUGGGAACGCCAGCGUGCCCUUCGUGUGCCAAGACUGUCACUACAACAUGAGUAAAAUGGACACCCAGUUGAUUAAGACGCAUAUAGAGCCUCUGGUGUACACCAUCUCUGUACUGCUGCCUGCCGCCUACCUCAUCGGCCUGGUCUUCACGCUAAAAACCCACUCGCACAUCUACGACAUCCACGUCAGUGACGGCCAAGGCGGCCACGCCCACGGUCAGUACGCGAUCCACGAGGGCGCCGCCGCAUCCGCCCUGCCCCGCGCCGGCGAGGGCGCCGCUGGCCCGCUCCUUGCCAUCAACUCGUGCAUUAAUGCCAGCAUUGUUUCCCCCAGCCACGUUCCAACAGGUCACCAUGUGAUCCACUGGUCGCGGUGGAGGGCGCUCGCCGUGCUUAUCGCCGCCACGGUGCUGAUGGCCUGCUGCGCUGACCUCAGCACAAACAACAUUCAGCCCAUGCUGACCAAGUCCUCUGUCUCCCAGUACUUCAUCGGGGUGACGGUGUUGGCGAUGGUUCCAGAGCUUCCUGAGAUUGUCAACGGGAUUCAGUUUGCGCUGCAGAAUAAUAUCAGUUUAAGUCUGGAAGUGGGAAGCUGUAUUGCAGUGCAGGUGUGCAUGAUUCAAAUCCCACUACUCAUCCUCUUCAAUGCAUUCUAUGAUGUGGGAUUUGUGCUGCUAUUCAGUGACAUCCAUCUCUGGGCGAGCAUCUUCAGUGUCAUUCUGGUCAAUUAUAUCUUCAUGGAUGGAAAGUGUGACUACUUUCAGGGCACUGCUCUGGUGGUGGUCUACCUCAUUCUUUUGGCUCUUUAUUUCUUUGCUCCUUCCCCACGCUCUUGUUAAUCUGCUAGCUAAAAAAAAAGUGUGCGCACAUCAUAUGCAGGAACUAUGAAGGUGCUACAUCUUGCCUUUGCAUUUAAAUGUGGGUUUUUGCUAUUUAUUCUUUUUGUAAAAUGUACUCAAUAAAAUCGAUUCAGAAUUCA